CAAACCUCUUGGACGUCUGAUUCCUUAGAUUGGGAACAUUAUCAGUUAUUGUGAAUCGCGUUGUUUGUGUAACAUAUUUAAACGUUAACUUGUGAUAAGUUUUGUUGGAAAAAUGACUAACCAAAUGCAGUCGAGGGACUUUCCGUUCACAAAAGAGAUAUCAAUUAAUGCCAAAAGCGUGAAGAAAAUUAUGAAAUUUAAAGACGGCUCGAAAUGUAUGCUGAAAAAACCUCAACCUAACUGGGAUGAAAAUGACUUUCAGAAUGAGAUAAAAUAUCUGUCAAAGAAUUUUAUCAUUGAACAUGAUAAUUUUGUAAAAUUUUAUGGCACCAUGCAAUAUCCAGAAUUGACAGGUCUUAUGGUAAUGGAAUAUGCAGACUGUGGUACUAUUUACGAUUUCUUGUAUGAUGUACGAAACAAGGGAACAUAUGUUUCAAAUUCAUGUAUGCUCGGUUGGAUGCUUCAAUGUGCUAAGGGUAUUGAAUUCUUGCAUAACAGGUCUCCAAAAAUAUUCCAUAAUGAUUUAAGGACGCGCCAUUUGCUACUUAGCAACAAUUUUCAAACAUUAAAGAUAUGUGAUUUUAGCACAGCUACUGAAUCCGAUCCAUCAAACAUCCAAAAAUAUCAAUAUGCGGAAAAUACCGAAAUCUACAGCUUUGGUAUUGUACUUUGGGAGACUUUUAUUGCGAAAAAUGAAAACCGAAUAGUUUUAGAUGUCAAAGAUUCCCAAAUCAUAGAAGCAGUUAUAAAACUAUGUUGUGAAAUUCGAAUUAAUCGACCGAAUAUGAGCGCAUUGCUUACCAUUCUGAAAUGUCUAUAUCAGGAAAGCUUAAAAGUUCAGGACAACGUUGAUUGGAUUGACUUAAAUUUAAAAAAACCGGCAAUCGGUUUUGGGGCGUUUGGAGAUGUCUUCAAAGCCACCUGGAAAACUAAAUAUGGUGAUAGGGAAAUUGCAGUUAAAAGAAUUCGUCCAAUUAAUAAACAAGUGGAUAUUGAAAGAGAGGUAAAGUAUUUUUCACGCGCUAACCAUGAAAAUAUCGUCAAAUUAUUCGGAACCACAAGAGAUCUAGAAGAUCAAAUUAUCGUUGCUAUGGAAUAUGCCGAAUGUGGAUCACUUUAUGAUUAUUUACAUAAAACCCUUAGAAAUAAUCCAGAGACAGAAGUAUCAGUUUUGCGUAAGCUCAGUUGGAUGUUGCAGUGUGCCAAGGGAAUUGAGUACUUGCAUGACCAAAAUCCAAAAAUUCUUCAUCGUGAUCUUAAGUCACAGAAUUUGCUACUUUUGAAUAAAAAUCGUACAUUGAAGAUAUGUGAUUUCGGUACCGUUAGGCCUCUGGCCACAAUAAUGACGGGUGCAGUGGGCACCGCCGAGUAUAUGGCACCUGAAGUGAGCAAAGACAAACCCUAUACGGAAAAAUGUGACGUCUACAGCUUUGGAAUUGUAUGUUGGGAGAUAAUGUCGCAAAAGAAGCCAUUCUAUCACGUGAAAAAUCAGAAUCCCGUAGUCAUUCUGAGAUUAGCAAGUGAAGAGAAUGAUCGUCCACCAAUUGAUGAUGUCAAGAUAGAUGAGGAAGCCAGGGCCAUAAGAGCGUUGAUUCUACAGUGUUGGGAUAAAGAUCCGAAAGAAAGACCAACAAUGAAUAAAUUGGUCAGACAUCUUGACAUUGAUAUUCAAAGCAAACAUGACGCAAAUAUAAGGUUUUAAAA